AUUUUAAGCAAAAAGGUGCGUACAUAGAACGGGAGAGGGAUGGGGCUUCCGGUAAAUUACUAAUAUCGAGUAGGAAAAUAAGAUCUGAGAACGGGAGAGAAUGGGGCUUCCGGUAAAUUACUAAUAUCGAGUAGGAAAAUAAGAUCUGGGCCCUCGUUGCCCGGUCGUUAUCCCAUAGAUAUGCGAUACGAUGAUGGCGAUUUUCAGAUGACCUUAAAACAAAUGGGGUCCUCUCUCUCUCUCUCUCUCUCUCUCUCCCUUUAAUUAUUUAUUUUUUUCACAUAGGAAGGAACUGAUACCGAUCAGAUCAUUGUGCUCUGCUUCAACCGUAAUCAUCAAACGCCAUGAUUUAACACUGAAAACGUCAGCCAUCGAAACCAACUUGAUUCACAGAACGCAGACUUUUCCAGCAAUCAGCUCAGAAUUUGAGCAUUUUCCUUCAGCCCUCUUUGACGCUCUCGCUGAGGUCGUCUCUGGUUCUCAUCCCAUCACGCACGCUAUUGUAACACUACAAGACUUCUCUGUUCAGAUUCCAGUGAUGGUUUUGAGAAGAAAUUGAAAUUUUGUCUAUAUAUACGUUGUCUUUGAAAAUCUAUGAAUAUAUAGCAGAUAACAGAUAACAGAGAGAGAGAGAGAGAGAGAGAGAGAGAGGAGAAAAAAGUUGGUGGGAGGAAAGCAGAGCAUGGGAGGAAUUGUUUUGUAAAAGGAACCCAUAAAGGAGAAAGUUUAGAGAGAGAGAGAGAGAGAGAGAGAGUGAGUGAGUGAGAGAAGAGUAGGAAAAAGGGUACAGGGGAGGGGGAAGGGAGACAUAGUAAAAUAUUAUAGGGGGACAACAGCGUAUCUGCGGAAAUCCUCAAAUUCGAUUCACUUGCUUUUAAAAAAAAGGAUAAAGUUGAUAUAUCUUAUUAAACAAAUACAUGGCCUUAAGAUGGAGACGAACAAUGCACUUGCAAUUCAAUGCACCCCAUCAACGGCGUGGCUUCAUUCAACAAAAUUUACAUGUAUACCAAAACUCCCCUCUCUCUCUCUAGAGCUCUUUUUUUCUCUCUGCGUGUCUGAAACUAGAGUUUUUCUUUAUUGUUUGUUUGUGCUCUGAGCUGGUGUGGGAGGCUAAAAAAAUGGUAUUGCUAGGGGAAGGGAGGGGGGCGCGGUCAAUCUAUAGUACCUAGUAUAUAUUAUAAAAUCAGAAGAACAGUGGACGCGCUCUGCUUUGUCCGGACGUCUCACCUUCACGCUUCAGAGAGGACAUGAUUAGAGUUCUUGGAUUUUUUUUAUUCACUGAAAGCCUGUAAACCCCAUUGAACAAACAACCCACAAAAAUGAUUUUAUAGAGAGCGAGAGAGAGAGAGAGAGUUUCUUUGGAAUUUGAGCUUUAGUCCAUCUUUUGAGGGCUGAACCAGCCAUGCUUGCUUUGUGAGAAUUAAGCACUCUUACUUUUGUUAAAUAAAAAAGCAAAAAAAUUUCUGGGUUUCUCCUCUCCUCUCAUGAGAGAGAGAGUAUAUUUGUGUGAGAGACAGAGCGAGAGAGUUGAUUUCUCUUCGGAAUCUCUGUGCUUCUCCCUUCUGGUCUACUGAUAUUUGAGUCACACCAAACAAUGCUGUAAUCAUAGUUCACUCUAAGCGCAGCGGUGCCCUCUUCUUUCUAUUGCAGGAAAGUGUUUCUGAGAAAUAACCAGUCCUCGGAAGAAAGUUUUCUUACCUAUAUAUAUAGUAUGUACUUUCCCUGGGGCUCAACUGGCUUAGAGAUGAAGUGGGGAAAAGGGGGAGAAUAAAAAAGAGCUAGAAGCGCAGGUGAGUUGGGCUGAUGGGUCUGAAGAUGCAAAGCCACCAUUCGGUGGCUGUGAGGUUGAACGAGCAAAUGGGGACCAAAAGGAAAUAUACAUGGAUUCAGGCCAACAGGGCUUUUCUCCCAAAAGCCCUGAUGCUUUGGGUCAUGAUUAUGGCCUUCGUCAGUACAAUGGUCUAUGAUUUCAUGGAUGCCGGUAACAAGGAGAGAAGAAGGGAAGGACUGGCCAGUAUGUGCAAUCAGCGAGCCAGGAUGUUGCAAGAUCAAUUCAACGUUAGCGUUAACCAUGUUCAUGCCCUUGCCAUCCUUGUCUCCACCUUCCAUUACUUCAAGAACCCAUCUGCAAUCGACCAGGGAACUUUUGCCGAGUACACGGCCAGAACAGCUUUUGAGCGGCCCUUAAUGAGCGGGGUAGCCUAUGCAGAGAGAGUUGUCGAUUCAGAGAGGGAAAAUUUUGAGAAACAGCAUGGGUGGACAAUAAGGACAAUGGAGAGGGAACCUUCACCUGUUAGAGAUGAGUAUGCGCCUGUGAUAUUCUCUCAGGAAACUGUUUCCUACAUUGAAUCACUUGAUAUGAUGUCUGGGGAGGAGGACAGAGAGAACAUUUUGAGGGCUAGAGCUAGUGGAAAAGCCGUUCUAACCCGCCCUUUCAGGUUGCUGGGAUCUCAUCAUCUUGGCGUUGUGUUGACAUUCCCUGUUUACAAAUCAAUGCUUCCGCCGAACCCUACGAUGGAAGAUCGCAUUGAAGCAACGGCUGGAUAUAUUGGUGGAGCAUUUGAUGUUGAGUCCCUUGUGGAGAAUUUACUAGGACAACUUGCUGGGAAUCAGGCAAUUGUUGUGAAUGUAUAUGAUGUCACUAACUCUUCUGAUCCCUUAAUUAUGUAUGGACACCAAAAUCAAGAUGAUGAUAUGUCCCUUUCACAUAUGAGCAUGCUUGAUUUUGGCGAUCCAUUCAGGAAGCACCAGAUGACAUGUAGAUACCAUCAGAAAGCGCCCACAUCAUGGACAGCGCUGAGUACUGCAUUCCUAUUCUUUGUGAUCGGUUUGUUAGUUGGUUAUAUCUUGUAUGGUGCAGCUGUUCACAUUGUUAAAGUUGAGGAUGAUUUCCAUGAAAUGCAAGAACUGAAAGUCAGAGCAGAGGCAGCUGAUGUUGCCAAAUCCCAGUUUCUAGCUACUGUUUCUCAUGAAAUUCGAACACCUAUGAAUGGCAUACUUGGAAUGCUUGCUCUACUUCUUGAUACAGAGUUAAGUUCAACCCAGAGGGAUUAUGGUCAAACAGCUCAAGCUUGUGGAAAAGCUCUAAUAACAUUAAUCAAUGAAGUACUUGACCGGGCAAAAAUUGAAGCUGGCAAGUUAGAGCUUGAAGCAGUUCCGUUUGAUCUUAGAUCUAUGUUGGAUGAUGUUCUCUCUUUAUUUUCUGAGAAGUCCAGAAACAAGGGUAUCGAGCUGGCUGUGUUCGUUUCUGAUAAAGUUCCUGAAACUGUUGUCGGGGAUCCAGGGAGAUUCCGGCAGAUUAUCACAAAUCUAGUGGGCAACUCUGUUAAAUUUACCAAGCGAGGACAUAUUUUUGUUCAAGUACAUUUAGCUGAACACACAAAAGCUAUAAUGGACAAGAAAGCUGAAAAUUGCUUCAAUGGAGGAUUGAAUGAAGGUGCAAUUUUAACUGGUGGCUGUCAGUUUAAAACAUUAAGUGGUUGUGAAGCUGCUGAUGACCCGAACAGUUGGGACAUCUUUGGGCAAUUGAUUGUUCGUGAAGAAUUUCAAUCUGAUGCUUCAAAUAGCAUGAUCGCCACUACCAAAGCUUCUGAAAGUGUCACCUUGAUGGUAUCUGUGGAGGAUACUGGAAUUGGGAUACCUGUACAUGCCCAAGAUCGUGUUUUCACACCCUUUAUGCAGGCAGACAGUUCAACUUCCAGAAAUUAUGGUGGAACUGGUAUUGGCUUGAGCAUCAGUAAGUGCCUUGUUGAGUUGAUGGGUGGUAAAAUUGAUUUCAAAAGUCAGACCCAGAUAGGAAGCACAUUUUUUUUCACGGUUGACUUUGGAAGAUGUGAGAAAAAUUCAUCUAAAAGUGUGAAAAAAUCUCUACCUGAUGAUCUGCCAACUGUUUUUAAAGGAUUAAAAGCAAUUGUAGUUGAUGGAAAGCCAAUUAGAGCUGCUGUGACAAAAUAUCAUCUGAAAAGACUUGGCAUCAGAGUAGAAGUUGCAAGUAGCAUCAGGAUGGCAGUUGCAAUAUCGGGAAAAAAUAGUUCUCUGAAAUCUGGAUAUGAAAGGCAUCCGGAUAUGAUACUAGUUGAGAAGGAUUCAUGGAUUUCUGGCGAAGAUGGCAGCUUUAGUAUUUGGCCAUUGGACUGGAAACAGAAUGGGCACACAUUUAAAUUGCCUAAGUUGAUCCUCCUUGCAACCAAUAUUAAUACUGCCGAAUUUGACAAGGCAAAAGCAGUAGGAUUUUCUGAUACGGUGAUUGUGAAACCUUUGAGAGCAAGUAUGGUGGCGGCUUGCCUUCAGCAAAUACUGGGGAUGGGUAACAAGAGGCAGCAAGGGAGAGAAAUGGUUAAUGGUUCUUUCCUUCAAAGCCUUCUUUCUGGCAAGAAAAUAUUAGUGGUUGAUGACAACAGGGUGAACCGCAGAGUUGCUGCUGGUGCACUCAAGAAAUAUGGGGCUGAUGUAGAGUGUGUUGAUAGUGGCAAAGCUGCAUUGGCCAUGCUUCAGUUACCACACAGUUUUGAUGCUUGCUUCAUGGACAUUCAGAUGCCUGAAAUGGAUGGACCCCCAAAAUGGAACUCAAGGAAGGGUCGUGCGGCACUCGUUGAGAACUCUCCCCCGAUGAGUCAGCUAAAUCUCACAGGUUUAAGCCUGCAAGCAUGAGCACGAGGUUUGAGGCAACCAGGCAGAUCCGAAUGAUGGAGAAUGAAGCGAAUGAGCAAAUGAAUAGAGGGUUGAAGGUUGAGGGAACUACCGGCAGAAAUGGUGAGUGGCAUGUACCAAUACUAGCCAUGACAGCUGAU